AUGUCCAAGACAUUCACCGUCGCAGACGUGGCCAAGCACGACCAAAAGGCCAGUGAUGGAAUGUACAUCAUUGUCGACGGCACCGUGUACGACGUGACCAACUUUGUGGACGAGCAUCCAGGCGGCGCAAAGAUCCUGAAGCGCGUGGCGGGCAAAGACGCCAGCAAGCAAUUCUGGAAGUAUCACAACGAGUCCGUAUUGAAAAAGUACGCCCCGAAGCUGAAGAUUGGCGAAGUCGGCGAAAAGGCCAAGCUGUAA